GGGGAGCGAUAUGGAGUCGGUGUACUCUUUUCCCUUCCCUUCCCCGAUCAGGAUCUUUUCUCCCUAUAAUCCCUUCCCUGCGCCUUUUCUUCAAUUGCGGUCUAAUCGGCUGAAAAAAAAAUAUUUUCAGUAUCUCUGUCUCGUUUUAUGGGAUGAUUUAAAAUUUAAAUUUAGAAAUCUAAGUUGCUAUUUAUAUUGGAUUUUGAUAGCUUUUGAUAACGAUUCCAUUGGCUUAGUAUUUUCCUGGCCAUCAAAGUUUAAAGCCUAGUGAUCAAUUGCUCUUUUAUGAUUUCCAUAUUUUAUUCAUCCAUCUUAUUAUACUGCCUUUAUAUAGAUCAACUGUUAUAGAAAGUAUAUGAUGUCAAACCCCCCUGAAUCAACAUUGGUAUUUAUGGCGGAUGAUGAUUUCCAACCAUCAUCUCAUGAGAUACGGAAUCAUGCCACGGACGAAUUAGAUCCACUUUCAAAUAGUGUUGAUCUAGAUGAAUAUUUCAUUAAAGAGGUUAAUGAUCUAGAUGAAUAUGAUGAAGAUGAUGAUGAGGACAGCGGAGAAUCUCCACAAUCAUUCGAUGGUUCAACAACACCACUUCCAGGUAAUAUUCAAACAGAAGAUGAGAUUAUCCUGCUUCAUAGAAAAUUAACUAAAGAUGAUGCUAAUUCAAUCGUUGGUGGUGAACAAUAUAAUCAAUUUGAAUCCCCCAUUGAAAGAAUCUCAUCACCAUCGGAACCAGUAUUAGGUUCAAGUCCAAUUGAUAUUGGGAUUCCAUCUCCUCGUAAGGGUAACAAGUCUUCAACUCCAUUGUCUCAUUCUCAAUCUGCUAAUACUCCAAGCACAACUUUAAGUCGAUUUUUAAGUUCCUCGGGUCCAUCAUCUCAAAAAGUGUUUUCAUUUUCAUUACCAUUUGGUGGAUCAUUUUCAAGUUUAUAUAAACAGAUUGGUACUCAUAUUCCAUUGAUUCGAUCAUCAUCGAUGGAGAAUGAUGAAGGUUAUCAAAUCAAAUUAAAAUUAGAACGUCACCAAUCUUUAAGUACUAUAGAAGAAGCUAAAUACUUUGAGAGACAUAAAGGAGCAGAUGAUAGUAGAUUAAGAGCUGUCAAACAUAGUUUGGCAUCUACCUUAUUACCUGAUUUCAUAAAUUCAAACUCAGUAUUAACCCCUCCUACCGUGGCUAAAGAUUAUGAAACUAUAUUUAAUAGAAUUGAUGGGAAUAUCGUGAUUUUGGGUGGUUAUAGAGGUUCGAUAUUAAGAGAUACCAAAACCAAUAAAACUGUUUGGAUACCCAUCAAGGCAGGAUUUAACUUAAGAAAGAUCAAUUUAUUAUUGGGCCCCACUAGAGAAGAUGAAAUCAAUGCUGCCAAGUAUAUUUAUCCUGAUGGAAUAUUGAAAAAUAUUGGUCCAAUUGAUAUCUGUAAGAAAUUACUUAAACGAUUAUCAUCAAACUCAAAGACAAACGUCAAGGAAUUCGGAUAUGAUUGGAGAUUAAGUGGAGAUUUGAUUUCCAAACAAUUGGAAAAGUUCUUACAAGAUAUUUAUGAUAAGACAGGUAAACCAACUAUUGUUAUUGGUCAUUCUAUGGGAGGAUUAAUGGCUCAUGGUGCAUUACAAAGAAAUCCCAAAUUAUUUAGAGGUUUACUUUAUGUAGGGACUCCAUCUGAAUGUUUGAAUAUUUUAGGACCCAUAAGAUUUGGUGAUUCUGUCAUCUUAUCAGAUAAGAUUUUAACUUUUGAAAGUAAUUUCAUGAUGAGAUCAAGUUUUAAUUUCUUACCUUUAAGUGGAAGAGUAUUCUUUGACAAAGACACCAAUGAACCAUAUGAUUUAGAUUUAUUUGAUCCUGAUACUUGGGUUGAAUAUAAUUUAAACCCCUUGGUUGCUAAAAAGAGAAAAUUAUUAGAAGAAAGUACUAUCAAUUUGAGUGAGAGUAUUAGUAAUACAGGGUUUUCAUCACCCACAAGUAAUAGUUUUUCAUUAGCUGCUUCUUCUUACACUCUUCAACCAUCAAUCAGUAAUGAUUUACUUCAAUUCCCUAGCAUAUCAAGUAUAAGUAAUAAAAUCAAGAAUUAUCGACCAUUAUCGAAAAAGAAAACAAAUGAUGAUAAUUCAGGUUCAUUAAAUUCGCCACCUUUCCAAAGAGGUGGUGAUUUUUUAGCAGCUUAUGCUUCAAAAAAUAGAUCAUCUAGUUUAACGUCAUCAUCUCCUACUUUAAGUGAUUCAGAAAACACUUUAUCAAAAAGCUUAUCAACCGAGUUACUUCUUGAUAGUAGUGGUAGUGGUAAUAAUGAAAUUCAACAUUAUUCAUUUACAUUUUCAGAUGCUUAUAAUUAUCUUAAAGAAACUUUAGAAGCAACGAAGGAUUAUAUUUUAUCCAUGAAUUAUCGAGAAGAGUUAAACGAUGAAUAUCCACCAAUGGCAGUUGUAUAUGGAAAUUCAGUUCCAUCUGUAAGAGGAUCAAAAGUUAAAGGAAUUCAAGAUAUCAAAGAUGGUAAUUAUUAUGAAUUUUUUUAUGGUCAUGGAGAUGGUGUAGUUCAUCAAAGAUGGUUGAUGCCAGAAGGGAAAGGUUUCAAUUAUUUUGAUCCUGAAUCAGGUAAUGGUCAUAUUGUAGGGAAAUUUCCUAGUGAUUGUGGUCAUGUAAGUUUAAUGACGGAUUUUAAGGCAAUGGGUCAAGGGUUAAAUGCUAUUUAUGAAGCUGAUAAAAUAUGGAAAUACAGAAAUGGGAAGAAAAAGGGUAUGUUUGCAAACCAAAGAGUAAGUGACUGAAAAGUAGUAGUAGUAUAGUGUAAUUUUAAUUAUUUAUUUAUUUAUUUAUAUGGUGUUGUUUUAUUAUACAUUAAAAAUUAAAGAGAGAUUUUGAAUUGUCUGACACACACUAAAUCAUGUAGUUAUCACUU